CCAGGCGCAUGCGCGCUGCCACCUGUUUCCUCCUGAAUGUGUACCUGCGCUUCAAUCAACCUUUGAAAUUCGUUGUGCUGUGACUCAAGUGAGCGGAUCGAAAUAUUUCCUCCAUCGUUGUGCGCUGGUAGAGCUAUCAAACCGGCGCUCGGACGGCCAGCAUACGCACAUUUGGUUAAAGGAACCAGCUCUGAGCGUGGAAGUUACGGAAGAGAAGGCAGGGCGCGCAAAAGUGGACAAAUGGUGGGAGACGCCACAGGAACCUGUAGCCUAUAGGUACAAAAGUUUGUAGAGGCAGUGAGAAGGGAGGAGAACGAAACAAAACCGUCAGAGUCUCCAUUAAAAUCGGCUACUCACCGGACCUCGUCCUACAAGCAGAUCAUUUAUUAGCUGUAUCACCUGUGUGGGUAAUUUCAGUAGCUUGUAGGUGAGUAGUGUAUAAAGACUACAGCGCUGUAGUUAAUACAAUAGGGUGUUGUAGAGAGAGAGAGAGAGAGAGAGAGAGAGAGAUAGCGGAGAGCCACCUGGAGAACUCAGCAUGCCACGAGCAUUCCUGGUGAAAAAGCCCAGUGUUUCACCCGGCAAGAGGAGCUGGAGUGAUCUACCUGACCAUGAGCGAGGAGACAUUUACAUACCAGUCUCUGUGUCCCCUCCAGCUCUGUGGGAGGAGACAGAGGCAAGUACAGCUGAAGUGGCCCUGUGCCUGUCCACUCAUAAAGAACACAACAGAUGUACACAGAAAUACAUGCUAGAGCCCUACACUGUGGUUUCUACAGCUGAACUGCCCUCCUGCACCGCUCUGGGACAGCAGCCCAGUCCUGAAACAGAGUGCAUCCGAAGUACACAGAGCAGCACAUAUGUCCGCUCCAAGAUCAAGGUGACAACAGGUGAGCUCCCUGUUGAAGCUCCACGUAACAUUCUGAGCACAAAUGCUGAUCCUCCUGUCACUGUGGCAAACCCAUCUCCCACAACCAGCAGUGGGACAUCUUCUGCACCUACAGCAGGGGCAACCUAUGCAUGUCAGGUGUGCCAGAAAGUGUUUCAGUACCAGCGCAUGCUCAACAGACACCUAAAGUGUCACAGUGAACAGAAACGGCAUUUGUGCAGUUUCUGUGGCAAGGGUUUUAAUGACACCUUCGAUCUCAAGAGGCAUGUGCGCACACAUACAGGUGUUCGUCCAUAUAAAUGUAAUUUGUGUGAGAAAGCCUUUACCCAGCGCUGCUCUCUGGAAUCCCACAUGAAGAAGAUCCAUGGUGUGACGCAGCAGUAUGCCUACAAGGAACGGCGCACCAAGCUCUAUGUUUGCGAGGAAUGUGGCCACACUGCUUCUACUCAGGAUUCAUUGUUGCGCCACAUCCACAAUCAACACCCAAACAGUGCCUUCUUGCGGGCCAAGGGGGCACGUAGACAUUCAGGGGCAGCAGGUGUGGUUGGACGGGAGGAAAACUCCCUGCCUGGCUCUCCUUUAUCUCUGAACAGUGAUGACACAACAGGAUCAGGAGGAAGGUAGAAAGAGCUGAGGUUGAUUGAGACAUAAAAUAAUAUUGUCAUAAUAUACACAUCUCUCACAUUAUGUCAACUGGAUCAUAUGCGAUUUUAUUUAAAAUAAGACAAGUGAGAAAGUAAAACUGGAACCCUAACGAUACAGUGAAGUAAAAUGAAAUGGUACAAUAAGCAAAGUGAAAGACUUUGACAGACUAGAUGAACUGAUGAAUGAGUUUCAAGCAGUGAUCGUAGAUUAAGUUUGAGUUUACACAUUCACUACAGAUGAGGGCUGGUUCUUCGCUUUGAAAUCACUAAACAGCUAAAUAAUGAUUAUGCACUAGUUGAUUCUGAAAAACUUUAAAAAGAAAAGACUAUGUAAAUAGUACUCCAUUUUUGCUCAGGGGAGAAACAAUAAAGAACUUUUUUUUUUCUAAAUAUUGUUAUAUUAGAAAUUGUUAUAUAUAUAAUGUCCUAUUUUGUUGCAAGGAAUUUCUGAAGAGGGAAUGGUGUUCGGUCAGUAAUUAUUGAUGUUUGUAAUAUAUACUGUCAGAUGUGUGAAGAAAUGUGUAUUUAUCAAGGUGGUGUGUAAUAUUCUUUUGGUGGAGUUUAUCACUUUUUCCAGAUUUUAUACAUUUAUAAUAACAUAUAAAUCUUUGUACAUAAUAUGAACAUAGAUUCACAUUUUCAUAUUCAUUAUAGGCUAUCCUCAAGGGUAAAAGAUGAGAUCUGUGCUCACUGCAGUUACUGUCUGACAUCCUAACAGUAAUAAUGCUGAUUUGUCUUCAGGCCUAAUAGUUUAACUAGAGGAACUGAAAUACUGUAUGGAACUUUACCACAUAACUUUUUAACGUGAAUGUGCUUUCUGUAUAAAAUAAACAAUAAACUUUUUAUUUUAUGGUACAAA